GUGGGAGCGCAACUAAACUUCGGUGCUCCUCAAUGAUUAUUAGAAGUAACUAAGAAAUUGCUCAACAGUCAACAACGAAAGUCACAGGGUGAGUGAGCAGAAUACACGGGAACGAAAUAAACCCUUGCAGUUAACUUAAAGGCAAUCGUUACAUCUCAAUUGAAUUUAUCAGCACAAUAUAUGGAAAAAUAUUCAGAAUCAUCUCUCAGCCGAUGGUAAACUAACUAUAGAACUCACUCCGCUUCGCUUUCUAGUUCAAUUUACGAGAAUUUAACGCGACUGCAGCUGCAACUUCGCCACUCUUUACUUGUUUAUUCGGAAAAUCAUUUAAGUGGCCUAUAAAUGCAACGCUGUUUAAUAUAUGAGAAGACAAUGGCACCAGAGACAAGGAACGGAGGAAGUUCUUCCCUGAAUAACAACAACAGUAAAGACAACAGCAGGAAAAAGUUCCUGGUCGGCGUGGAUCUCUUCUGCUUGUUUUUAGCCGGCCUGCCUUUCCUGAUCAUAGAAACUAGUGCUGUACAGCCCUACCGCCGAGGCUUUUACUGCAACGAUGAGUCCAUCAAGUACCCGGCCAAACACGGAGACACCAUAAGCGACGCUGUGCUUUCUGCUGCUGGCAUUCUUAUCACCAUCCUUUCUAUCAUCAUUGGUGAGAGCUACAUGAUCUACUACCUGAACGAGGGCUCUAAGUCCUUCGUGGGGAACCCCUACAUCUCCGCCCUCUACAAGCAGGUGGGCGUGUUCAUCUUUGGCUGCGCAGUCAGUCAAUCGUUCACGGACAUUGCCAAGGUAUCGGUGGGCCGCAUGCGACCCCACUUCCUGGACGUGUGUAGGCCCGACUGGUCCACCAUCAACUGUUCUUUGGGCUACAUCACAGACUACCAGUGUAAUGGACCCGAGAGCAAAGUCCAGGAAGCCAGGAAGUCGUUCUUCUCUGGCCAUGCGUCCUUUUCAAUGUACACCAUGCUGUAUUUGGUGUUCUACCUGCAGUCCAGGUUCACCUGGCGUGGAGCCCGUCUCCUGCGCCCCCUGACCCAGUUCACCCUCAUCAUGAUGUCCUUCUACACCGGCCUGUCCCGCGUCUCCGACCACAAGCACCACCCCACCGAUGUCCUGGCUGGAUUCGCACAGGGAGCCCUGGUGGCCUACAGCAUAGUGUUUUUCGUAUCUGACCUGUUCAAGCCCAAAGGCAGAAGUUCAGCUCUACCAGUGACACCAUUAAAGAACCCCAACAACCCCACGGCAGACAUCAGAGAGAGGAGCAACCACAUCACCAUGGCAUAGUAGAGACCACUAGAGUACAGCUACCUUCCGCUGUAGGUUUUAAACAUCCCUUAUUUCACCUACUGGUCUGUACUGGAUAUGUUAAACAACCAAAGCAGCAAGACUGCCAACUGACAUGUCUGCAAGGCACAGAGAAAUAAUGAGCUAUGGAGAACUUACUUUGGAAAGAAGAGGAGAGACACAAACAAUACACACACGCCGUUUGAACAGCCAGCAACAUCCAUGUUUCUCACCAUCUCAUCUGACAUGUGAAUGUGGAAGAGUGUGGGGAGAGAAUUCAUAUUUUGCUUUAAUUACCCAAGAUCUCUACAUCAAACCUGGUGCUUUGCAGAUUAACUUUAUCUGGAUCUGCAGACAAGGAAGUUUCACAGACAGAAUCAUGAAGGAAGGAGAGAAGGAAACGAACAGCUGUGGAACGUGAUAAUGUCUGCUUGGCUUCAGGCACCAUGGAGACUGGCUAAUAAUACCAUUCACACACAUACUUUGUGCAUAUGAGAUACAAACUCAUGAACAGGAACAAAUUCCUUGAUUACAGGAAGGAUGUUUUUUCUUUUAUAAAUAACCUUCGUUUUAAGUUCGAGCUAUAGCACUAUAUCCAAACUCAAUACUUUAUUUAAUUGUCACCACUUGAAUGAACUGAAGUGAAGCUUUUCUGUAAAUCUUUGUAUUAAAACCAGCGUUUAGGUCUCCUGAAAUGUAGUUUGUAUAGAAAUAUAUACACUGUAGAUGGAGACUACAGAGAGAGGGAUGUGGGCCUCUUUUUGCUGGUUGGGACGAGCCUCCACUGAGCCCUGUAAUGAAGUGACUGUGUGUGCCAGAUGACUGCUCACAAGUAUUAGGUCAGAGUAUUAGGCCAGAGUGUGUGUAUAUGUGUGUGUCUGUCAGUGUGCAAGUAUCUGAACGUCGUGUGUGUGUGUGUGUGUGUGUG